GUACUCUUGGCUACAGCUUUUCUGUCCUAUUCUGGUCCUUUUAACCAAGAGUUCCGCAGUCUGCUAUUACAUGACUGGGAAAAGGAAAUGAGAAGCCGAAAAAUACCCUUUUGUUACAACUUGAACCUCAUAGAAAUGUUGACUGAUGUUCCAACUAUAAGUGAAUGGAACCUGCAAGGAUUGCCAAAUGAUGACUUAUCCAUACAGAAUGGAAUCAUUGUCACUAAAGCAUCUCGUUAUCCUUUAUUAAUUGAUCCACAGGCACAGGGUAAAAUUUGGAUUAAAAAUAAGGAAGGCAGAAAUGAACUUCAGAUCACUUCUUUGAAUCACAAGUAUUUUAGAAAUCAUUUAGAAGACAGCCUUUCUUUGGGAAGGCCUCUCUUAGUAGAAGAUGUUGGAGAAGAGCUUGACCCAGCACUGGAUAAUGUUUUGGAAAGAAACAUCAUUAAAACAGGUUCAGCUAACAAGGUGAAAGUUGGUGAUAAGGAAGUAGAAGUUAUGGAUGGCUUCAGACUUUACAUUACUACAAAACUGUCAAAUCCGUGUUACUCUCCUGAAAUCAGUGCUCGAACCUCCAUAAUUGACUUUACUGUGACGAUGAAAGGUCUUGAAAAUCAACUCUUAGGCAGAGUCAUUCUCACAGAGAAACAGGAAUUAGAGAAAGAAAGAACUGAUCUUAUUGAAGAUGUGACUAUGAACAAAAGGAGGAUUAAGGACCUAGAAGAUAACCUUUUGUUCCGACUUACAAGCACUAAAAGUUCUCUGGCAGAUGAUGAGAGUCUACUAAUUGUAUUGACUGACACUAAGAAGACUGCUGAAGAAGUAACAGAGAAACUGCAAACUUCUGCUGAAACUGAAAUACAGAUCAACUCAGCCCGUGAAGAGUAUAGACCUGUUGCAACUCGAGGAAGCAUCUUGUACUUCCUUAUUACUGAGAUGAGCAUGGUCAAUGUCAUGUAUCAGACUUCGCUUCGGCAGUUUUUGUGGCUUUUUGACCGCUCCCUGGCCAGGUCUACCAAGAGCCCUAUAACCAGCAAGAGGAUUACUAAUAUUAUUGAAUAUAUGACAUAUGAAGUGUUCAAAUAUACUGCUCGAGGACUCUAUGAGGAGCAUAAAUUUCUCUUCACAUUAUUGCUUACUUUGAAGAUUGAUAUACAAAGAAACAGAGUGAAGCACGAAGAAUUUCUGACACUUAUUAAAGGUGGUGCUUCUCUAGACCUUAAAGCUUGUCCUCCUAAGCCAGCUAAAUGGAUUCUGGAUAUGACUUGGCUGAACUUGGUGGAGCUCAGUAAACUUGAACAAUUUUCAGAUAUUCUUGAUCAAAUUUCCAGUGAAGAGAAACAGUGGAAAAUCUGGUUUGAUAGUAAGAAUCCCGAAGAAGAAUUGGUUCCCAGUGGCUAUGGUCAAUCUCUGGACUGCUUCAGACAUCUUCUUCUUAUCAGAUCGUGGUGUCCUGACAGGACCAUAGCUCAGGCAAGAAAAUACAUCACUGAAACUAUGGGUGAGAAAUACGCAGAGGGAGUCAUCUUGGAUUUGGAGAAAACAUGGGAAGAGUCAGAUCCACGUACUCCCCUCAUUUGCUUUCUUUCCAUGGGCUCUGAUCCUACGGACUCAAUUACUGCUCUGGGAAAAAGACUAAAGACAGAAACGUGCUGUGUUUCCAUGGGCCAGGGACAAGAAAUCCAUGCUCGUAAACUUCUACAGCAGACAAUGGCUCAUGGAGGUUGGGCACUUCUGCAAAACUGCCACCUUGGACUUGACUUUUUGGAUGAGCUGAUGGACACUCUAAUAGAGACAGAGAAUGUCCAUGAAAGCUUUCGACUAUGGCUGACAACUGACAUUCACAAACGGUUCCCCAUCACCCUACUUCAAAUGUCUAUUAAGUUUACCAAUGAACCACCGCAAGGGCUCAGAGCUGGGCUAAAGAGAACAUAUGGUGGUGUCAGCCAGGAUUUACUAGAUUCCAGUAAAAUGGUACAAUGGAAACCAAUGUUGUAUGCUGUAGCCUUUCUACACUCCACUGUUCAAGAAAGGCGCAAGUUUGGAUCUCUAGGUUGGAAUAUACCCUAUGAGUUUAAUCAAGCUGAUUUCAAUGCUACUGUGCGCUUCAUUCAGAACCACUUGAAUCGCAUGGAUACCAAGAAGGGGAUCUCCUGGAAUACUGUUUGUUACAUGAUAGGUGAGAUCCAGUAUGGUGGUCGUGUGACAGAUGACUAUGACAAAAGACUCAUGAACACCUUUGUAAAGGUUUGGUUCAAUGAAAAUACAUUUAAUCAGGAAUUCAGCUUCUACAAAGGAUACAGCAUACCUAAAUGUACUAUGGUGGAUCAAUACCUUCAGUACAUACAGAGCCUUCCUGCUUAUGACACACCCGAGGUGUUUGGUUUGCACCCCAAUGCAGAUAUCACUUACCAAAGUAAAGUUUCCAAAGAUGUAUUGGACACCAUCCUCAGUAUCCAGCCUAAAGAUAGCUCUGGUGGAGGAGGUGAAACUCGAGAGGCAGUUGUAGCCAGACUGGCUGAUGAUAUGCUGGAAAAGCUUCCUGCUGAUUAUGUGCCAUAUGAAGUAAAAGAAAAACUAAAGAACAUGGGACCUUUUCAGCCUAUGAACAUAUUUUUGCGACAGGAGAUUGAACAAAUGCAGAGAGUUAUUUCUUUAGUGAGAAGCACUCUGACUGAUCUAAAACUUGCCAUUGAUGGGACAAUCGUUAUGAGUGAAAAUUUGAGGGAUGCUUUAGACUGCAUGUAUGAUGGAAGGAUUCCUGCUAGCUGGAAAAAAGAAAUAACAAGGGCUAACAAAGGAUGGGCUCUUGACACUGUAGUGCUGUGCAAUGAAGUCACUAAAUGGAUGAAGGAUGAUAUCACAAGCCCUCCUUUGGAAGGUGUCUAUGUGUAUGGGCUGUAUUUGGAGGGAGCUGGCUGGGACAGAAGAAACAUGAGACUGACUGAAUCUAAGCCGAAGGUGCUUUUUGAGAUGAUGCCGGUUAUAAGGAUAUAUGCAGAGAAUAACACUGCAAAAGAUCCACAUUUGUAUUCAUGUCCAGUCUACAAAAAGACCAGUCGAACAGAUGUGAAUUACAUUGCUGCUAUAGAUCUUAAAACUCGUCAGCCUCCAGAGCACUGGGUACUGCGUGGAGUAGCACUUCUGUGUGAUGUCAAGUAACGUUAAAGAAAAAAAAAGUUUCCAAGAGUUCUUUUCUGUUUUUAAAUGUAAAGAUCAAUCUGUAGUUAGAUAUACAAUUGAACACUUCUAAAAGUAUUAUUUCUAAGGCACAGACUCCAUUAUGAUAGUUUUACAAAAUUGUUCUCAAUAAAACUCUACAAUAGGCUUAUAAAUGCUAAAUCUUAGAGUGAUAUUAUGUUUGAUGUCUUUGACAAAUCAUGACAAAUAUUUAGUGUUCCUGUCUCCUAAAUGUGCAUAAACAGUCCUCCUGUGUGCUUAAUUCUACCUUGAAUAAAGAUUAAUUGAUUUGAAUGUUGUUAA